CAAUCCACCAGCAUCACAGAGAGAGAGAGAGAGAAGUAAAGGGGGAGGGAGGUAUUUAUAGAAAAAUGGGGCUUCACUGUACCUUUCUCUUGCAAAAGAAUCAUUAAAAGACCCAGCUAGCUUGUCCCAGAUUUCUGCUCUGCACUCUGCAAGAGGGUUUGGACUGGACCAACUGAGUGGAGAUGUAGAGCCACGGCUGCAGCCCUCUCCUGAUCUACACUGGACUGGAGGUGGCUAAACCUGCCAGAUUGAUUGUUUUUUUGGUAAUAACUGAGCAGUGACUUGGUGAGGAGGUGCUGACCUGAGGUGACCUCUUACAGCUCGACUUCCACACAGAAGACCCAGAAACCAUGAUGAGAAGAUUUCUGAAGAGCCAGAAGAGCCGUUUCUCCCUUCGCCAGAGCCGAUCGGGAUCCCGCAGUGCCUCCAAAGAUUUCUACCCGAACCCUAACGUGCUGAGAGAUUUCCCACUGAAUAUUGAACUGGGUCUUCCAGCAAAUAACCAGGGCUGGCCAGAAGAUUUUGGCUUUAAGCUGGGUGGAGAUGGUCCCAGUUACAUCCUCUCUGUGGUGGAGGGCAGCAGCGCUUACAUGGCCGGACUGCAGCCAGGUGACCAGGUUCUGGAGAUCGACGGGCAGGACGUCUCGUCCCUCAGCACUAAAGCCCUCAUCGCUUUGGCUCAGACCCUCAAGACUGUGCCGCCCAGCAUUGGCGUUGUGUCUAGAAUUGAACAGAUGGACAUUAGUCCGGGGCCUGAUGGGCGUUUUGGCUUUACCAUAGUGGGAGACAGUCCUCUGCUGGUGGAGGACUGCAUGCUGAACUCUCCAGCCAGCCGGAGUGGACUGCGAGCUGGUGACUAUGUGAUGGAGGUGAAUGGGAUUCCAGUGAAACAGCAUGAGACGGCGGCGGCCAUGAUCAAGGCCUCUCAGGGACGUACGCUGCGUCUGGGUGUGCUGCGGAUCAACCGCUGGCAGAAACGCACCAGCAGCAGCAUGAAAGAGACGUAUCAGAGCAGAGACAUGGUGAGGCAGGACCGCAAACAUAAAGCUCUGGAGUUCAACAAGAAGGUUGAGGAGAUUUUAGGGGAGGAGCCUGAGGUGAAAGAGAGGCUGUUUGAUUUGCUGAAGCAGUAUGCAACUGAGAGGGAUGUUGAAGGUCUGGCGUCUACACUUCCAGAAAUACUGCUCACCGAGGAACAUCAGCAACUGAUUGACAGCAUCAGGAUCUUCAUCCCUAAGAAGCACAGGCAGCGUUUUGAUGAGAUGGUCUCCCAGAGUUUGAUGAGUCGCUUGAGGGGCCGAAGCUUCAGCGAGCACAGGAAUAAUCGGCUACGGCGCAGCCGGAGUGAAGACCACCCCGAGCGGCUGCUGUCUGUGUCCACUCGAGCCAGCUCUGUGCCCCGGACCACCAACGAGGAAGUGGUCAUCCCUCCUGCCCGUGGUCUCCGUAAGACCACCUCACUCAUCGCAGGCCAUUCCAGCUCCUUCUCUACCCGCAGGACAGUACGGGUGUACAAAGGGAACCAGAGUUUCGGGUUUACUCUGCGUGGCCAUGCUCCAGUAUGGAUUGAUUCUGUAAUACCAGGCAGCCCUGCUGAGAAGGCGGGUCUCAAACCUGGAGAUCGUAUCCUGUUUCUCAAUGGGUUGGACAUGAGGAACUGUUCACAUGAAAAGGUGGUGUCCAUGCUGCAGGGGAGUGGGGCAAUGCCCAGCCUGGUGGUUGAAGAUGGCCUGCCGGCCUUCACCAUGACCGAACCUGAACAAAUGGAGGUUUCUCCACGCUCCCGUGCUCCUGUGCUUAGCUCCCUUCAGUGGGUCGCUGAGAUCUUGCCUCCCAGUAUCCGUGUACAGGGUCGUACCUUCAGCCAGCAGCUUGAGCACCUUCUAACCCUCCAAGAGAGAUACACCAUCUGCAAGGCCCUGGAGGCCUUCUUCCAGCACAGAAAUGUAGACACUUUGAUUGUGGACGUCUUCCCUGUGUUGGAUACCCCAGCAAAACAGGUGAUUUGGCAGUUCAUUUACCAGCUGCUGACCUAUGAGGAGCAGGAACACUGCCAGAACAAGAUCUCACGAUUCCUUGGCUAUAAAGUUACAUCAGAUCCUGAACCUCCAGCCCAUGAGCCUCAUAGGCGCAGCAGCUCCAUGAAGGUGACAGGAACCACCUACAGGAGCAGUGUGAGGGGACGCAGCUCAGAUGAUCUGGUUAUCGGCACUCACUUGGGAAUGGGGAUUUGCACUGAGCCAGUGGAGGUGGCACCUAUGAGACUGACUCCUGGAGAGAGACAAUCAGGGGAUGGAACAUCCCUACCAGAGACACCCAACAAUCUGACUAAUCUGUCAGCUGUAUAUGCUGAGCUGGAGAAUGUCUAUGCCGGGAAGAGAUCCAAAUCCCUGAAGAGUCGACCUCCUCUAGCUCCUGAAACUCUGGUUAACGUAGACGUCUUCCCGCAUGCUUCCUCAAAGUCCGUCAGGGCAUACUCUUCCUCUCCAUCUGUUCGGGCCACUUCAGGUAGCCGGAAAUCUGCACCAGCACAGCCUGUACCUCCGCCUCCACAACCUCCUCCACAGCCUAACUCUUGGAUGCAGGAGCCUCCACUGAGUCCCCAGUGCCCCUGCUACCCUCCAGGUCUUACCUCUCAAACCAGUGCUGAGUCCAACCCAUACAUCAGUUUAGACAGCCCACCUCUCUCUCCACCCUCUCCUCCGGACUACCCACCUAGUCCGCCCAUUCGGAAGAAGCGCUACACCUUCUCACGUCCACCUCGUACCCCUGACACAGAUUUAUUCAUGGAGGCUCUUAGCGAGCAGUUGGGACAGCAGUUAUCUGUGGAUGACUUUCUGUCACCAGAGAAUGACUAUGAAGAGGAUAUUGUCCAGAUGACAUUCCAGAAUGAGGAAGAGGAGGUAGAGGUAGAAGAGGAAGAGGAGGAGGAGGAGGAGGAAGAAGAGGGUCCAUACAUGCCUCCUGAUCUAAGCAGUCCAAGUGAAGUACAUAGUAGCAGUGAGGAUGCCAGUUCUCUUACCUACUCCUCCAGCUCAGAGCACAUUCCUCCACCCCCUAUGACUCCUCCUCCCCCUCCCCCAGUCCAAUUUAAUGACCCCCCUACCCCUGCUCGAUUCACCCCUGACCAUGCACCCCGACAGCUGACCUUCCGUCGCCACCCUGGACCUCCUCCGCCGCCUCCACCAAGAGCUAACCCACCUCCAAAAAGACAAUCCAUUCACAAGGUGUUGCCCACACGUGAUGAGCUAAUGGCGCAGCACCAAGUCCUUCAGGAGCACCACUCGCUUCCAGUUCAACCAACAGCCAGCCACCCUCACCAAUCCCAGCAGCAAAUGCAUCAGUCUCUGCCCCCAAUGCCCUCUCCAGAAAUAAACCAGUCACCCAUCCCUAGUCAUGCAAUAUACGAGAUGCACCAUCAGGUCCAUCCAGCUCACCAGGUUCACCAACAUCACCAGGUGCAACAGGAUCACCAGAUGCAUCCAAUUCAUCAAAAUAAACCAAGCCACCAAUCUCAGUCUAUUAAAGUGCACCAAAGACACCACUCACGCCAGACUAUUCAGACUCAACUAUCUAGCUCCAUGGAUAGGCUUGAUAGGAUUGAAAGAAAGGAAUGCUCAGAUAGGCAUAUCUAUGGCAUGCAGCCCCAGGCCUUGCAUCCAGAUCAACAAGAACACCAUGCUUAUCAGAUGCAUCGGAGUCAUCAGGCUCACCUCUCAAGCUCCAUGGAUAGACUUGACCAACUGGAGCAGAUCCAGCGUUUGGAACGCAUAGAGCGUAUGGAGCGAAUCGAAAGACUGGAGAGGGUGGACAGACAAAUGCACCAGGCACACAUGGCUCAAGCAGUUUCUCAAGCUAUUCAACCAUCUCAGCAACAGUACCACCACCAGAUGCACCAAGCUCCUCUGCCAACCCGCCACAUUCACCAGAUUGAACAUAUACACCAGGUUCAGCCAAUCCAGUCAGCUCCUCAGUACCACCAGAUCCACCAGCCCCACAAACCUCACCCGACCCAACAGAUUCUGUCAACCUUCCAGCCUCAUACUUCACAACAGCAACAACAGCAGCUUCAGCAUAUGCAGCAGCAACAACAACUUCAGCAGCAGCAACAGCUUCAGCAGCAGCAACAUCUUCAACAGCAGCAACAGCUUCAGCAGCAGCAGAAUCAGCAGCAGAUUCAGCAGCAGCAACAGCAUCGCUCAACCCCACAGAUUCCUCCCAUUACACAGGCCAGACAUAGCCCUCAACCCAAGUACCAUGAACAUCGUCACCACCAUCACAGCCACCAGGAGGCCCAGUCCCAAACGCAACCACCAAGUACACCCCAACCUCAAACUCACCACCCCACUGAUGAGCCCACUGUGGAGCCACCUCCUCCUCCACCUUUACCCCCACCUUGCAUGCCACCUCCACUCCCAAAGGCCUCACCACAAAAAACAGACUCCAGUCAUAUGAGUGUAAAGCGGCUACGAUGGGAGCAAGUGGAAAAUUCUGAGGGAACCAUUUGGGGACAGGUACGAAGUUUCAUUUCUCUUCCUGAGCCCUCACCUCAAGUGGAGACUUUUAAGAAGAAAGAUGUCGUGGAGAUUCUCUCCCAUAAGAAAGCCUACAAUGCUUCAAUCUUGAUUGCCCAUCUGAAGCUCUCACCAAGCGAGCUACGCCAGGUGCUGAUGACGAUGUCAAGUGAACGUUUAGACUCAUCACAUAUUAAACAAUUGCUCCUAUAUGCACCAGACGAUGAUGAGGUUAGAAAAUACGAGCAGUACAGAGGUGACCCAAGCAAACUCAGUGAGCCCGAUCAGUUUGUUCUACAGAUGCUAUCAGUGCCAGAGUAUAAGACCCGUUUGAAAAGCCUGCAUUUUAAGACUGCAUUGCAAGAGAAAACAGAGGAGAUGAGGGGGGCCUACGACUGUGUUUUUAAGGCUUCACUGGAGCUCAAAAACAGCAAAAAACUGGCCAAGAUUCUGGAGUUUGUGCUGGCUAUGGGGAAUUAUCUAAAUAACGGCCAACCCAAGACCAAUAAAACAACAGGAUUUAAGAUAAAUUUUCUUACUGAACUCAGUACCACCAAAACAGUGGAUGGAAAGUCAACAUUUCUGCAUAUCCUGGUGAAAUCAUUGUGCCAGCACUUUCCAGAGGUUCUGGACUUUAGGAAGGAGCUUGAGAUGGUGCCACAAGCAGCCAAAGUGAAUCAAAGAAACAUCACUUCUGACUUUAAUGACUUGCAUGCAACAAUCCAGGACAUUCGUUUAGCCUGCCAGAAGAUGCCAGCCACCGCUGAGGAUCGAUUUGCCAUUGUUAUGAGUGGCUUUCUGGAAAACAGUCACCCUGCUGUGCAGUCUCUGGAGUCUCUGCAGCAGAGGGCAAUGGAAGAGUUCUGCAAAGUCGCAUCCUUCUUCGGUGAGGAUGGAAAGGCCACCACCACAGAGAGUUUCUUCUGUAUCUUUGCAGAGUUCAUGGCUAAAUUUGAGAGGGCUUUGAGUGAUAUCCAGACUACAGAAAAUCCUCCACGCAGUCCCAGGAGCCCUCGCGCGACCUCUCCUGUAGCCUGGUGAAGAAACCACCCAACAUGAGGCAAACAAACUCGUACAAUACAGACUUA